AUGGCCAACGCCGGGCGACGCUUUAGCACGGUGACACAAAUCAAUCCCGACGGAAUGGGAAAGACCGGCGGUGGAACGACUUCCAUUAAUGAAGAUGGAAUUCCAGCCGACUACAAAGGAAAUCGAAAAUUUACGACAACAUUAGGACACCUAGCACUGUAUAAAGAAGAUGAAGGUAUCGGAACACAAGCUACUUUUCUGUCCGGGUACACAACCCCGGGUCCCAAGGAAAAAGCAACAUCGGAACACAAAAAGGCAAAUCUUGGUGUCAUGCUUGGCGUCUAUCUUCCAACAAUUCAGCACAUUUUGGGCGUCACCAUGUUUAUUCGACUUUUCUGGGUAGUUGGUAUGGCGGGUGUUGCUUGGACAAUGGUUCUUCUAGCAAUUUGUUGCGUCUCGGUAACCCUUCUCACUUCAAUUUCCUUAUCGGCUGUAGCUACAAAUGGCGUUGUUGAGUCCGGCGGUGCAUAUUUCAUUAUUAGUCGAAACCUGGGUGCAGAAUUCGGAACGGCUGUUGGCGUGCUUUUCUAUCUUGCUAACACUGUAGCAGCUUCUAUGUAUAUUGUAGGAGGUGUUGAAGUGAUAUUGAUGUAUAUCUGGCCAGAAAUGGCCCUGGGAGGACAAGAGUCUCUUCAUGACACUGCUGUAUUCGGCACAUUAUAUAACAAUCUUCGCCUUUAUGGCACCAUCUUUCUCAUAAUUCAAGCACUAAUUGUUGCAAUGGGUGUUAAAUUUGUGCAACUACUGGCACCAGUGUCUCUAAUGUGCGUCAUUCUCGCUUGCGCUGCAUGCAUUGGAGGCGGCAUUGAAAAGCAAAUCACAGGGACCGGUGGAAGUGUCUGUAUGCUACAAGAUCGACUUUUACAAUCUUCAAUAUUUCGAAAUGUCGAACAUAUUAAUCAAACCACUGCCGGGCUUAACGAAACUGAUGACUUUUGCAGCAUCUGCGAAAAAUCCUUAUUCCUCGAGAAAAAUGUUUUCUGCACUGAAUUGAACAACCAGAACGCCGAAACGGAAACAAGCGAAGGUGGUUUGUGUUCAGUGUACACUUCAGAGAUUAUGAGAUGCAAAAAGGCGUUCCCUGGAUUUAACCUUCAAACGCUAUCGGACAACAUGUACCCACUGUAUAUGGAAAAAGGCGAAGUUGUACCUGGAGUGACGGGAAAAGAACAAGCCGAAGUGGUUCAAGACGAAGGAUCCCACUUUUUCCUAUUAAUGGCAAUUUUCUUUCCUGCGGUGACUGGCAUAUUCACAGGGACAAAUAUGAGUGGUGACCUAGCCGAUCCACAGCGUUCAAUUCCCGUGGGCACUAUUGCUGCAACUCUAACCACAUCGGCGAUCUAUUACAUCCUUGCCUUGCUCUUCGGCGGAUCUAUAGCAAGAGAAGUUCUUCGAGACAAAUUCGGCCGCUCAAUUGGAAAUACUAUGGUGGUUGCAGCUCUUUCGUGGCCUCACCCCGCAAUUGUUACAGUUGGCGCUUUCCUUUCAACAUUCGGUGCCGCACUUCAGUGCUUAUGUAGCGCACCUCGUCUUCUGCAAUCAAUAGCAAAAGACGAUGUCAUCCCAAUUCUUGCCCCAUUCGCCAGAGUCACUAAGAGCAACGAGCCUUUCCUCGGACUCAUUCUUACCGUCAUUAUCGCUGAGUGCGGAAUUUUGCUAGGUGCUGUCGACAAAAUCGCCGAAGUCCUCGACUUCUUCUUCCUCAUGUGCUAUGCAUUUGUUAAUUUGAUUGCGUUCAUGCAUUCAAUUUUAAAAGCACCCAACUGGAGACCAAGAUUCAAAUAUUUCCAUUGGUCACUAUCGUUUCUCGGAGCUGCUCUCUGUUUUUUCAUAAUGUUCGCUUCAAGCGUGCCUUUGGCUUGUAUUGCCUGCGCAAUUACGGCAAUCAUUUACAAAUACGUGGAGUGGAAAGGAGCCAAAAAGGAAUGGGGUGAUGGGAUGAGAGGUUUGGCGCUCAGCACAGCUCAGUACAGUUUGCUGAAGGUCGAAGACAAGGACCCGCAUCCAAAGAAUUGGCGCCCACAGAUUCUUAUUUGUUUGACCUCGCAAUGGUCCAAAGAACUUAUUGAUCGCCGUUCUGUAUCCAUGUUGAACCUUGGAGCCCAACUAAAAGCUGGACGGGGUCUUGCUAUCGCGUGCGCAUUCCUUAAAGGGUCCGCGGAUAAUCCAAAAGAUAAAAAUCAUGCAAAGGAAGUGAAGAACACUCUUUUAAAAGACAUGAACGCAGUGAGGCUAAGAGGCUUUGCAAAGGCAAUGUUCUACAACAAUCAUCAAAUAAACGGAACCAUCUCGGCGCUCUAUCAAUCGAUUGGAAUUGGCGGUCUUCGCCCGAACACAGUCUUGGUAAACUGGCCAAACGAUCAAAACGCAGAUGAGGUGCUUCUAUUCACCGAGGAGAUUAUUCACGGAGCUGCUAAUGAUAACUGCUUAAUUGUCACAAAAGGAAUAACCGAUUUUCCCGAUCACAAUGAGCGACUCAACGGAUUCAUCGACAUUUGGUGGAUUGUUCAAGAUGGCGGAAUUUUGAUGCUCAUCGCUUACCUGUUGAGGCAACACAAGGUCUGGAAGGGAUGUCAACUGCGAAUUUUCGCCGUCAGCGAACAAGAUUCAACGAAAAGCGAGGACAUGAAAGCGGGAUUGCAAAAAUACAUUUACAUGUUGAGAAUUGACGCCGAACUCUUCAUUGUGGAUUUACUUGACAUGGAGGUUUCUGAAGAAGUGAUGAAAAGGGCGGCUGAUAUUGAAAAGAAGCUGAAGGAAAAUGAAGAAAUGCGGCGUAAUCGUAGCGGAUUCCUUAAUGAGGCAUACACCGAUGAUAACGGAAAAACAAGAAUGCGUCAAAGUGACUCCACUCGUAGUUUUGGACCAGCUUCACACACUACAUUAGUUAUUGAUGAAGCCGAAACAACAUUUACCGACAACAUUUUCGAAGAGUUGUAUCGUUCGACAACUCCUGUCGAAGAUUCUGAGGGAUCAAUUCAGCUUAAUAUUCAUAAAAUGAAUACAUCAGUGCGCUUGAAUCAUGUCAUCCGCGAGAACUCCGACGAAGCCCAAUUAAUUCUUCUCAAUCUUCCAUCUCCGCCGAGAAAUCGACUUGCCUUCAACAAUUCUUACAUGACUUAUCUCGAUGUGCUUACUGAAUCUCUACCGCGUGUUUUGUUCAUUGGAGGAAGCGGUCGCGAAGUGAUUACAAUUGAUUCUUAG